AUGUGCUCUCUCGCACCACAGCAACCUAAAAAUAUCUGCGUCCUGAGAAAUGAACAAAUUAAUGUUUCUGUCUGGCAUCUCGUGUUCUCGCUCGCUAUCUACUACUACAUUAUUUCUCGCGAGAACAACGACAACGACGAUGCCGCCGGCGGUCCCAAAGCGGUGCGGUGCGUGAGCACGGAGGAGCUGCGGAAGCACAGCACGGCGUCGGACCUGUGGAUCGCGAUCGGGGGGAAGGUGUACGACGUGACGCGGUGGCUGCCGUCGCACCCGGGCGGCGACCUCCCCCUCCUGAGCCUGGCCGGCAGCGACGCCACGGACGCCUUCCUCGCCUACCACCCGCCGUCCGCCUUCCCGCUCCUCCCCCGCUUCCUCGUGGGCCGGCUGUCCGACCCGGCCGUCUCCCCGGCGUCCGCCGACUACCGCCGGCUCUGCUCCCAGUUCUCCCGCCUCGGCCUCUUCCGCCCCUCCCCGCUCCUCCCCUCCCUCUCCCUCCUCGCCAUGCUCGCCCUCCUCCUCUCCGCCGUCCUCCUCGUCCGCCUCUCCCCCUCCCCGCUCGCCCACCUGCUGUCCGGCGCGCUCGUCGGCCUCCUCUGGAUCCAGUCCGGCUGGAUGGGCCACGACUCCGGCCACUACCCCAUCCUCCCCUCCCGGGGCCUCAACCGCCUCCUCCAGAUCUGCUCCGGCAACUGCGUCACCGGCAUCAGCAUCGCCUGGUGGAAGCGCAACCACAACGCCCACCACAUCGCCUGCAACAGCCUCGACUUCGACCCCGACCUGCAGCACCUCCCCCUCUUCGCCGUCUCCCCGCGCCUCUUCGCCCCGCUCUUCUCCGUCUUCUACCGCCGGACCAUGCCCUUCGGCGCCGCCGCCCGGCUGCUCGUCAGCUACCAGCACCUCACCUUCUACCCCGUCAUGUGCGUCGCCCGCGUCAACCUCCUCGCGCAGUCCGGCAUCCUCCUGCUCUCCGGGCGCAACGUGCCCAACCGCCUCCAGGAGAUCGCCGGCGUCGCCGUCUUCUGGGUCUGGUACCCUCUGCUCGUCUCCUGCCUGCCCGACUGGCGGGAGCGCGCCGCCUUCGUCCUCGCCAGCUUCGCCGUCACCGGGAUCCAGCACGUGCAGUUCUGCCUCAACCACUUCUCGUCGGAGGUCUUCGUCGGCCCGCCGGCCGGGAACGACUGGUUCGAGAGGCAGACCAUGGCCAGCCUCGACAUCUCCUGCCCGCCCUGGAUGGACUGGUUCCACGGCGGCCUGCAGUUCCAGGUCGAGCACCACCUCUUCCCGCGAAUUCCCCGCUGCCGCCUCAGGAAGAUCGCGCCUUUCGUCAGGGAUCUCUGCAAGAAGCACAACUUGCCCUACGCCACCGCUUCUUUCUGGGAGGCCAAUGCCAUGACCAUCCGGACCCUCCGCGCCGCCGCCAUGCAGGCCCGCAAUGCUAAGAACGCGGCUCCGAAGAACCUGCUGUGGGAGGCUCUCAACACCCAUGGAUGAUGAAGAAGAAGAAGAACAAGCACAAGUGAUUCUUCUUCUUCCUCCUCCCCCCCCUCCCGUUUGGGCGAGAUUCUUCCCUUGUCACAAGGAAUUGCUCUUGGGCUAGGUAUCUGCAUUUACUUCAUGUUGUCUAAUUUCAGCUUGGUAAUGGCUUUCUAUAGAGCGCCAUAUUAUGAUCGAAGAAGAGUUUCUUCGGUUAUGAUGGAUCUGUGAUUGUAAUUCCGUGCAAGUUUUACAAGAGUUUUUGCUCUUGAACUUGUUGGCAGGU